AUGAAGGCUCAUCUUUUCGCAUUAAUCUCCGCCCUUCCUUCAACGCUUGGCUGUCUUCACUAUGUUGGCCAAAUAUACUUAGCGCCAAAUGGGCCGCAGCUCCAGGCCGCUUGGAUUCUUGAUGAUGGGGUUCUUGUGUGUCGGGCCGAUGGGGGCGCAGCUUGGUACGGCACGCCGCACGGCAACUUUCGUUGGAGCCAGGGCUACGACCGUAGUGAUAACUUUAUCGUCUGGGACAAUUGGCAGUUUUGCUAA